AUGUGUGAUCAGCAGCAGAUUCAGUAUUGCCUGCCUGUCUCCCAGUGCUGUGUCAAAGGUUCCUCAUUUGGUCCCUCCCAGUUCCCCAAUGCCAAUGGUCAGGUGGUGGUCCAAGCCCCUUGUGAGAUGCAAAUUUUGGAGUGCCCUGCACCAUGCUCAGUUCAAGCUUCCCAAGCUCCAUGCAAAACUAAGACCACCCAGGUGAAGUGCCAGGCUCCAUGCAAGACGAAGACCACCCAGGUGAAGUGCCAGGCUCCAUGCAAGACUAAGACCACCCAGGUGAAGUGUCAAGCUCCAUGCCAGACUCAAAUCUCCUGUGUCCAGUGCCAGGCUCCAUGCCAGUCCUACGUGCAAUACGAAGUCCCACAACCUAUUCAGACUUGCUACGUAGAAUGUGCUCCAGUUUAUUAUACACAAACUCGUUAUGUGGAAUGCCCAGUGCAGACCUAUGUACCAGCUCCGCAGCCUGUCCAUAAUUAUGUAGAAUGUCAACCAGUGGGCCCGGCUCAGGGAAGCUUUUCUACCCAGUGCCAGUAUCAGGGCUCCUACAGCAGCUGCAUCCCCCAAUUCCAGUCAGGGGCUUCCUACACCAGCUGUGCCCCACAGCGUCAGCCCCAGUCUUCCUAUGGCAGCUGUGCCCCCCGAUUCCAGUCUGGGGCCUCUUACACCAGCUGUGCCCCCCAGCGUCAGUCUCGAGCUUCCUUUAGCACUUGUGCACCACAGUGCCAGGCCGGGAGCUCCUAUGGCAGCUUCUCUGGGCAGCGUCUGUCUCAGAGCACCAGCCGAUGCCUCCCUCCUCGUCGGCUGCAGCCUUCUUACCGUAGCUGUUCCCCACCACGACGUUAUGAGCCCUCUUACAGCAGCUACCUGCCAUCACGAUGCUCUUCGGGUUCCUACAACUACUGUACCCCACCCCGCCGCUCUGAACCCAUCUACAACAGCCACUGCCCUAGGGGCCCUGGCUCAGCUCAGAGAUGUGGACCCAAGUGCCGAAUAGAGAUUUCCCACCCCUGCUGCCCCAGGCAGGUUCCCCCACAGAGGUGUCCUGUUCAGAUUCCUCCCAUCAGAGGCCGCUCCCAGAGCUGUGCUCCACAACCCUCCUUUGGGGCCUCCUGCCCAGAACUGAGACCAUGUGUAGAGCCACGUCCACUCCCAAGGUCCUACCCGCCACAGCGUCUUGACCGGUGUCCAGAGCCAUCAUGGCAACGAUACCCACUUCCUGCUCCACGACCAUGUCCACGCCCAGAGCCAUGCCCAAGUCCAGAACCCCGCCCAUGUCCUCCACUAAGGAGAUUUUCAGACCCUUGUUUGUGUCCGGAACCACGUCCAGCUCCACGUCCAGCUCCACGUCCAGCUCCCCGCCCAGCCCCACGUCCGUGCCCCGUGCAGUGUGAAAAUCCAGAGCCACGUCCAUGCUCGCAGUCCUAUGAGCACCGAGAUCCUUGUCCAUGUUCAGAGCCAAUUCCCCUUCCAGCGCCCUGCUCAAGCCCUGAGCCAAGUGGAGAGCCGAUUCGCUGUCCCAUCCCCUGCUCUGGGCCAAAUCCAAUUCCGUACUCAGGAGACCUAGGCUGCCUCGAGUCCAAUCCGUGCCGACUAGAUACCGAGGGCCCUAGCUGUGGUCCGUAUAGUUGCAACCAGGGCCAAGAGAGUGGCGCUGGCUGUGGAUCUAGUGAUGUAUUUCCAGAGCCACAGGGUAUAGAUGGCUGUGGAGACCAAGGAAACACCUAUUCUGGAGUGAAAGGUGGAGGCUAUGCUGAAGUAAAGUGUGCCUACUUUUAA